CGUAUGGUCCAGAAGUAUGAAUGGGCAAAUUGUCUUGAAGGAGAGCAGGAUUUAAUAAGAAUAUUAAAUUGUAAAGAAUAUAUUGUUUUAAGGCAGGCGUGUUUUUCGUCAUUUGUGCAAGAAUGAGUGAAUUAGUUUUAGAAUCAUCCGUUUGGGAGGACAUGGCCAAUAUCCCUGCGGAUCCACCUAGGAUGAGGCCAAUGUGCACCAAAUGCUGUCGUCCAAUACAAGUGUGCUGGUGUUCAGCUCUCCCCUCACAACCACUAAGUCCCGGCGGACGCAUAGUACUUCUUCAACAUCCUGCCGAAGAGAAACGAUCCCUGCGGACCGCUCCCAUGCUAUCUGUUGGACUUGCUCCUGGCAAGUGUCUUAUUUACAAAGGAAAAAAGUUUCCCCGCCACGAUCAAGAGCUAGAAACGAUACUGGCCGACCAACGAUCUCUGUUGCUCUAUCCCAGCGCAAACUCUGUUCCCAUCGAACAAAUCGAUCCUAGCGAAGGUCCGUACAAUUUAAUACUGAUCGAUGGUACAUGGCCACAGGCGAAAGCUAUCUAUCACAGCUCAACCGCAUUACAUGGGAUGCGACAGGUGAAGCUCGUAACAUCUGGCACGAGCAGUUACAUUAUUCGUACCCAGCCUACAGAAGGUUGCCUCAGUACUCUGGAGACGGCCAUCGAAGCACUUAGCGUACUGGAACGAGACGAUCGGUACCGGGAACAGUUGCUGCAGCCACUGCACGUUCUGUGCCAAUUUCAGCUGGCAAACGGUGCAGUUACCCAUCAGUCGAAAGAGUUCCUCAUCCGCCAUAACCAAUACCCGAAGCUUAUCGGACGACGAUUAAACCGGUUGCUGAAGCAGGCGGAAAACUUUAAAGAUGACCCAUCGGAACCUACGGAAAGCAAAUCUUCGUAGCACAAUCGAGACGGGAAAGUUUUACUUUUUUAUACUUUUAUUAUACCACUUUAUAUUGUACUGAUUUCGUAACAUAAAAUAGAGCAUAGCUUUAUUAUGUGUA